GCCCAUCUUCAACUUCCGGCAAACGUCGUCCAACGUGCGUGCCCAACACCGGUUUUUUGACUGUUUUCUUUUUUGUGCACACAGCACGGCUGCGGUUACGUUCAGGACUUCGCUUUAAACAGAGGAAAUGGAUAUCCGGCCAAAUCAAACCAUUUACAUCAACAAUCUGAAUGAAAAAAUCAAGAAAGAUGACCUGAAGAAAUCCCUCUAUGCUAUUUUCUCCCAGUUUGGACAAAUCCUGGAUAUUGUAGCCAUGAAGACACUGAAGAUGCGAGGACAAGCGUUUGUUAUAUUUAAGGAUAUAAGCAGUGCCACCAAUGCUAUAAGAUCAAUGCAGGGAUUCCCUUUCUAUGACAAACCAAUGAGGAUUCAAUAUUCUAAGAAGGACUCCGACAUCAUUGCUAAAAUAAAGGGCACGUUUGUUGAGCGCCCCAAAAGAAAGAAGGAAGAAGAAGGUGAUGUAGCAAAGAAAUCCAAGAAAAAGAGUGCUGCUCAAAAACAAGCUGCUGCCCCUGUUAUGGCUCAAGUACAACCUGUUGCACAGAUGGCUCCACAAGUACAACCAGCUGCAGCAGCCCCUCCCACAGCUGCCGCCCCAGCUCCCACAGCUAUACCAGAACAACCACCCAACCAGAUUCUGUUCUUGACAAACCUACCAGAGGAAACAAACGAAAUGAUGUUGUCUAUGUUGUUCAACCAAUUUCCAGGAUUCAAGGAAGUGCGUUUGGUGCCCGGUCGACAUGACAUUGCUUUUGUUGAAUUUGAAAAUGAGGUUCAAUCAGCUGCUGCAAAGGAUGCACUUCAAGGCUUCAAAAUCACACCAAGCAAUGCCAUGAAAAUCUCAUUUGCAAAGAAAUAGACAAUGUUCAAAUUGGUGCAAUUGUUUGAAUGUUUGUUGUGUGUGCAUGAAUGUGUUAGAUUGUGAGUUGUGAAUGUAGUAUUAGAAAGAUCUGGAGGAAGGAACAAAUUAAGAUAAAUCUAUAAGAUCAUGAUUUAUUUUCUCUGUGAAAAGAAAUUUUGAUUUUUAACACAUUGGUAUAAACACAUAAUAUCUUAAUACUUUCAACUAUAGAGUUAUUAAUAUCUAUGUACUGGGUAACCUGUGCUUCACAUUUGAUUAACGGCAAAAACAUAUUUUUAAGGUUUGUAUAAAAAAAAAUUCAUGAGAUUAAGUUUAAAACUUAAAUACUGUCUGUUAUCAUCCUUUUUGUACAUCUCUCAAAUAUCAUCGUAAAUUUAUUCAUCGAUUUUCUCUUCAAUCCAGCAUUGCACUUGGCUGGUUGUUUCCAAUUGUAUUGGAUCCAAUUUGUUUUCGAUAGUGAAACCUGUAAGCUGUUGUCAGACAUGUCCAUUAAUGGGUUUUGGUAUAUUAUGAAAAACUUAAUUUAGAAAUAAUAUACUUCACAUUAGGGGGCCACAAGACCAGAGAAUGCAGUUAACAUCAUUUGGCUGUAUGUUGCCCUACUUCAAUAAGAAGCAUUGUGGUUUGGAUGUCCCAGCUACACAGGUUUCACUGUCACUUUACAGCAUUGCACACAGGCUGUACUUUUUGUUGAAUUCCGGCAUUGCACCAAGCUGGUACUAUUGUUGUAUUUGGUGGUCGCGUUGUUUUGGACAUUACCAGAUAUUCCUGGCCUUGCACUCAUGUCGGGGCUGUCUUGUAAUGUACAGACAUCUGAGGAUCACAAGUCUGCUAAAUAAAUGUAAAACAUAAAA